AUGGAAACUGAAGUUGGCAAUGCUAUCAAACCUACUGGCUUCUCACUUCCUGUUGAAAAUGUUCAACAACUUGCUUCCAGAAACUUACAAGAGAUCCCAAAUCGAUACAUCCGACCUGAACUCAUUACACAUGAAGUUUCUGUCAAUGAGUCAUCACAAAUUCCAGUCAUUGAUAUGAGCAAGCUUGUUGCUGGCAACCCUGGAUAUGACACUGAAAUGUCGAAACUUCACCAGGCUUGCAGGGAGUGGGGAUUCUUUCAGUUGACUAAUCAUGGAGCAGCAGUAGAAAUCGAAACUAUGAAAGCUGCAGCUCAGGAGUUUUUUAAACUUCCACUAGAACAAAAGAUGGUCUAUGCGCAGCUGCCAAAUACUAAUCUCGAAGGUUAUGGCCAAGCUUUUGUUGUGUCUGAUGAUCAAAAGCUCGACUGGAGCGACAUGUUCAUACUUUACACUCUACCAAUCACAGCAAGGAAUCUGAGUUUCUGGCCUAAUAAUCCCACAUCUUUCAGAUCAAGCUUAGAGGAGUAUUCAUGCAAGUUGCACAGAAUUUGCGCAAGUCUUUAUGAAUUGAUGGCCAAAAAUCUCAGAGCUGAUUUUAAGGAAUUCAUGGACAUGCAUCAGGACAUGGUACAGGCAAUAAGGAUGAACUAUUAUCCACCUUGCUCCCAAGCUGACAAAGUAGUUGGUUUCACUCCACACUCUGAUGGAUCUCAACUGACCUUAUUGGUUCAAGUCGAUGAAGUUGAAGGUCUCCAGAUUCGCCAUAAUGGUAAAUGGGUACCAGUAAAACCUCUCCCUGGAGCCAUCAUUGUUAACAUUGGUGAUGCCUUGGAGAUAAUGAGCAAUGGGGAGUAUAGAAGCAUUGAGCAUAGAGCUGUGGUGAAUCCCGAAAAGGAAAGAAUGUCCAUUGCUGCAUUUCACACUCCAGAUUUUGCAGCAACAAUCGGUCCCUUAUCGAAUCUUGUGAAAGAAAAUGGAGCAAAGUACAAGACUGUGAAGUAUGCAGACUAUGUGAAAAUGUAUUUGAACAGCAGUCGGAAUGGCAAAAGCUUACUCGAUAAUUUGUUUCGGUUCCUGUUGAAAACGUGCAACAACUUAGCUUCGAAAAGCUUGAAAGACAUCCCAUAUCGAUACAUCCAACCUGAAUCCAAGACACAUGAAGUCUCAGUCAACGAGUCAUUACAGAUUCCAGUGAUUGACAUGAGCAAGCUUACAUCUGGAAACAUUGGAUAUCAAAGUGAAAUGUCAAAACUUCACCAGGCUUGCAAGGAUUGGGGAUUCUUUCAGUUAAUUAAUCAUGGAGUAGCAACGGAAAUCGAAAAUAUGAAGACAGUUGCACAGGACUUCUUUAACCUUCCAUUGGAAGAGAAGAUGUUGUAUGCACAACUGCCAAAUACUAGUAUUGAAGGAUAUGGUCAGGCACAUGUUAUCUCGGAUGAUCAAAAACUCGACUGGAGCGACCUGUUCCUAAUUUUCACUCUACCAGUCUAUGCAAGGAACAUGAAUUUCUGGCCUAACAAUCCCAAUAUUUCAGAUGGAUCUCAACUGAGCUUAUUGAUUCAAGCCAAUGAAGUGGAAGGUCUCCAAAUCCGCAAUAAUGGUAAAUGGAUACCUGUUAAACCUCUUCCCGGAGCCAUCAUUGUAAACAUUGGCGAUAUGAUGGAGUUAGGUCUAGAGCAAUAUUUAUCUAUGGAUACUAAUGUUACCUACACUAUAAAUCAUGUUGACGUUUUACUUCCUGUUGAAAACGUGCAACACCUAGCUUCCAAAAAAUUAGAAGCCGUUCCACAUCGAUACAUUCAAUCUGAGAUUAGGACUGAUAAAGUUUCAGUCCAAGAGUCAUCGCAAGUUCCAGUAAUUGAUAUGAGCAAGCUUGCAACUGGCAGUAGCGAACAUCAAACUGAAAUGUCAAAACUUCACCAAGCUGGCAAGGAUUGGGGAUUCUUUCAGUUGAUUAAUCAUGGAGCAAGAACAGGAAUCGAAAAUAUGAAGGUGGCUGUUCAGGAGUUCUUUAAACUGCCAUUAGAAGAGAAGAUGGUCUAUGCACAGCUUCCAGGGGGUCUUGAAGGAUAUGGCCAGUCAUUUGUUUUCUCGGAUGAUCAAACACUAGACUGGAACGACAUGCUCUUCAUUUAUGCUCAGCCAAUCUCUGCAAGGAAUAUGAGAUUCUGGCCUAACAAUCCCACAUCCUUCAGAUCAACCUUAGAGGAAUACUCGCGCGAGUUGCACAGAAUCUGCAUCAGUCUUUAUACAAUGAUGGCCAUGAAUCUGGGUGUAGAAUUUGCGAAAUUUGCUAACAUGUAUCAAGAAUGCGUCCAAGCAAUAAGGAUGAAUUACUAUCCACCUUGCUCCUCAGCUGACAAGGUAAUCGGUUUCGCUCCACACUCAGAUGGAACUCUUUUAACCUUACUGGUCCAAGUUAAUGAAGUUCAAGGUCUCCAAAUCCGCAAAAAUGAUAAAUGGAUACCCAUUCAACCUCUUCCUGGAGCCAUCAUUGUAAACAUUGGUGAUAUCAUGGAGAUGAUGACUAAUGGGAAGUAUAGAAGCAUUGAGCACAGAGCUGUUGUGAAUUCCCUGAAGGAAAGACUAUCAAUUGCUGCAUUUCACCUGCCAAGCACAGAGGCGAAAAUCGGACCCCUACCAGAUCUUGUGAAAGAAAAUGCAGCCAAAUACAAGACAAUGAAGUAUGAAGACUAUCUGAAAAUGUUCCUUGGCAGCAGAUUGAAUGGCAAGAGCAUGCUAGAUAAUGUGAGAAUAUCCAACUGA